UCAUGAAUUUUCAAAAGCCAGACCUCCACCAUACUAGGAUUAGUAAAUUCGCUUCGUUUGCAAGAUGAACUUUUUUCAAGACGGGAUUUCCUGCGAAGUGGAUUUGUAUCAGCUGCGUAAGGACAGGGAAAAGUUGAGGGACAGAGAAAAAUGUCAGAGACCGAAAAACCAAAGGGCCAUACUUUACCAAAGGAUGAAGGUUUAACCAAUGGAGGAAAUAAUGUUUCCAGUAACGUUUCAGAUGAGCUGACAGAGAAAUUCGACCUUGCCACAGUAUAUGUGUCAGAUGCCCAGUAUAACAGGAACAUCUUUUUUGAUACUUCGCCACAGGCUGUGAGGCUGUACCUGUUGUACAAUCACUGGUUCAUGCAGAUGCUGGUAUAUGUGUUCAUCAUUAUAAACCUUGCUCUGGCUCUCUUUGAGGAUCCUGCUGUUGUGCCACUUCCUAUAUGGGCGACUUCUACAAUCGAGAUCAUUUGUCUCUCUGCGUUCACUGUGCGGAUGGUACACUAUGCCAAAGUCAUUCCAAGGGAUAAAUUCUGGAAGGAUCCUAAAAAUAUCUGCAUCAUAGUCAUUGUAACGCUCUCUUUCAUAGAUUUGACUAUAUACGGGGCUUUGAAAGCAACAGGCUACUUUGCCAUCCGAUGGUCGAGGGUCUUAAGACCUCUUCUGUUAGUCAAUGUUACAGAGGGAAGACAACUGCGGAGGGCGUUCAGGAGUAUUCGGAAUGCACUGCCUCAGAUCUCCUAUGUUUUUUUCUUAUUCAUGUUCAGCGUGUUGGUCUUUUCUCUCAUGGCUCUUAAAUUGUUUGGGAAAAGGGGCCUUCUUACCAUUGAUGGUUCUCCAUAUUUCACUAACUAUUUGGAUAUUGUUUUCGAUCUUUAUGUUUUAGUGACCACUGCUAAUAGCCCUGAUGUCAUGAUGCCGGCCUACAACUACAGUGUUUUCUUCACUGUUUUCUUCAUCCUGUACAUUGUUAUCAACACAUAUACCUUCAUGUCCUUCUUUCUUGCCGUCGUUUACAACAACUACAAAAAGUACCUUAAGGAGGAAGUGCGGCAGCUGGUGAAGGCCAGAAGAUCUAAGAUGUGCCGGGCGUUUUCAUUGCUUCAGGAGACCCGGGGUGAAGGUGGAGAGCCUGUGGUGACCCAGGCCAAAUGGAACCAUCUUGUUAAACUCGUCAAGCCGAAUAUCAGUAUUGCUCACCGGGAAUUGCUCUGGAGCGUCUUAGAUGAUCAGAAUAAAGGACACAUAGGGAAGAUUGCAUUUGUCCAGCUUGCUGAUCUUCUGAGUAUUCAGGUGAUCACAGUAAAGUCCCAGCCACACCCCAUUCAAAUCUGUUUCCCCUCCGUGUAUAAUUCCUCAGUCAGCAGAUUCAUCCGCUAUAUGGUUCGUACAAGAGUGUUUGUGUAUGUCUAUGACCUGAUUAUCCUGGUGAAUGCUGUAUUCAUUGGUCUGGAUGAGGAGAACCCUGUGGUCUCAAAUGCUGAGUGGGGUUUUCUGGCUCUUUAUAUUUUGGAGAUCAUUCUCAAACUGUACGCUACUGAGCCUCGGGCAUUCUUCGCUCGACAUCAUUUCUGGAACUGGUUUGAUACCAUCAUUAUUGUGUCUGCACUCUUUGGCACUAUCAUUAACUCAGCACUCAAACACUCUGGAGGUUACACAAGUCGCCAGAUCUUGGACAUCGUUUUCAUCUUGAGAGUUGUCAGACUCAUACGUUUGGUGGAUUCCAUUAAGAGAUUCCGAGCCAUCAUCAACACUCUUAUUAAAAUUGGACCGACUAUUCUUACAUUUGGCCAACUCAUAGUGGUGGUGUAUUACAUAUUUGCCAUGGUUGGAAUGGAAUUAUUUAAAGGUAAAGUUCAGUUCUUUGAACCUAACUCUACAAGUCCUGAUCAGGAGUACUGUGGAAACCCUCUCCUCAAAGGAACCACUUUUGCUAAACUCAACUACUGCAAGAACAACUUCAACAAUGUGGUCUCUUCCUUCAUUGUCUUGCUGGAACUCACUGUGGUUAAUCAGUGGCAUGUGCUGACCAGUGGUUUCACAGCAGUCACACAUGUUUCAGCCAGAAUUUUCUUUGUCCUUUUUCACAUUGUGGUCGUCAUUAUUAUAAUCAAUAUUUUUGUAGCAUUUAUCUUGGAGGCAUUCUUAGUGGAAUACACAUUUGACAAAAGUGACCUGCAAACUUCUCUGGAGAAAAAAAUAGAGGAGCUGGAGCUUAAUGUUCAACAGGAUGGUGUGGACACUGGUCUUGUAGAUGCAAUGGAAAGCAUUGACAAUGAACUGGGCCCUUCUGAAACUGGCAAACAGAAGCCCUCGCUCAUGUUCAAGAUUGCUUCAAGAAGAUCCAGAACUGUGGAUGGACUUUUACAGCGGAUGUUUGAAACAGAUCUUCGUCAUGAAGACUUCAACGAGGAAGAGGAGCCAGAAAAUAUCAACUUCUCAAACCCUGUCUUUGACUCAGUAUAACCAACAUUAAAACUAAAAAAAAACAUGUAAAUAUAUAAAUACGGUUUGUAUCAAAGAUUCCCUUUAUGUAUGAUAUUUGAUAAGAUUUAUUAUAUGGACCAUUAAUAUUCAUUUUUCAGUCAUCAAAGAGUCUCAUUUGUAAUCAAAGGUUUGUGGCUAUAUAUAUUAUAUAUAAGCUAUUAUAAUGUAGCAUCUUAUUUUCUAUUUUAAAAAUUUUGUUGAAAAAAGGGAAAUAUACUACAUAACCAAAAAGGGAUUGCUCCAGAUUAAAAUUUUGUACACAUACAAUUUAAAAUAUAAUAAUAAAAAUAUAGCUGAAAGCAGCAAGGGUGGGCCCAGGCCCCGGUGGCACCGUCACCACCAGUAGCAUCAGGAAAACGGUGCACAGCGACACAUGCGUUUAACCCCUUGCCAGUCUGGUUGUUGAGUUACAGCAAUGAAAGGGUUACUCUAGAAUAUCAAGAGUGUGAAAAUAAUUGUAUGAAACUAUAUUGACAGUACAGAACAUUUCAGCUGAUUUAAUGUUUUUAUUUGUCAAUGUAGUGGAUGGAAACAGACAGGAGAAAAGGCAGGCUUAAAAGAUUUCUUCUCCUAUGACUCUACUGGACAAUCUCGGUAUUACAUCCUUCAUCUGUCAGUUGAAAUGUCUGAUAGUUUUUAAUUUGCUGGCCCCAGAGCAUCAGAAAUUCAUGAAAAUAAGCAUAUUUGCUCAGAAUGACUUAUUCUCUGUAUGUAAAAAGUUUGGGCAAUGUUCUUUUAAAGAUAUAACACAAUUACAGUUUUCUUUUUUGCUGUUACUUUAAUUAAUUGCCAUGGCAAUACCGUGUCAAUAUAGUGCUAUAUUGCUGCUCAUAUUGCUCAUAUAUACAGAGAUACUUGAGUUUGUAGUAAGUAAAAUUACUCUGCUGAUUUUAUUAUCUGAUGUUAAGUGCUUGUACAACAAUUAAAAACGAAUAGUGCUGUAGGCUUAUUCUUACUCAUACGUUCUUUAUCCAGUUUCCAUACUGUCUUUUCUAUGAAAGUCCUGUGGCAAAAACAACUUUUUCAUGACUGACAUAAGCAGAAUGAUACUGUGAUAUAGAAUUAUUACAUACAGAGCCGCAUUAAGACUGUAAGGGGCCCCUGGGCUCUUGAGGGGCCCAUCUUCCACCAGACCUACAGCCUACUUUCACGCAAGCUGUCAGCCUUUUAUUUUGCAGUAAUAAAUGCCAUUAACAAAAAAUCCAAACCUAUAAGUCUUUCAUAUAAAACAUACACAAUAUAAUGAACUACACAUGUCCACAUUAGCAUUUUUUACUCUGAUAUCUGCAUAUAAAAAGUGUAACAUUAAACUGUACAUAUUAACGUUGGUAAAUGCAUUAUGAACUAACAUUCAACAAGGAUCAGUGUAGGAAGGUAAAUUAGUGAAUGUAGAUGUACACCUUAAAAUGUUCUGUGCACAUUUAUGCCUUCACAAAUGUCUUUUUGCUUGUGGAUCAGGCUGAGUUCUUUUACAUUUUCACAAAUCUUACUCUAAACAUGCAAUUUUUUAAAUCACUAAUUUUCUGUAAUAAUAGUGAAAUAACCAAGAGAAAUAAAAAAAUUAUGUAAAAUA